AUGUUUCUCUUACCACAAAGCUAUCUGUCUCUGGGAGCGAUUGCCCUUGUUGUAUACUCCGCCGGCUGGAUCAUCUAUACGACGUACUUCCACCCCUUGCGACACAUUCCUGGACCGUUCUUCGCGCGCGUCAGUCGGGCUUGGAUCACAUGGCACAUACUCCGGGGUGACAUGGAACACGAGCAGCGGAGGCUGCACGCGGCGUACGGGCCUUUUGUGAGAAUCGCACCGGACGAGGUGGCAUGCUCGGACCCCAGGGCAAUCCCCGUCAUCUACCCCAUGAAGGCGGCGCUUCCCAAGAGCGACUUCUACACCAUGUGGCAGAACCCAAACAUCGGGAACUUCCCGGACCACUUCAGCCAGCGCGACGAAAAGGUGCACGCCGAGCGGAGGAGGAUCGUCAGCCACGUCUACUCCCUGAGCAAUAUCCUCCGCUCGGAGCCGUACAUCGACCACUGCUCAGAGGUGUUUAUGGAGAGGAUGGGCGCGUACGCGGACGCCGACGAGGUGGUGGACCUGGGGGAGUGGCUUCAAAUGUACGCAUUUGACGUCGUCGGCGAGCUCUUCUUCGGCAAAAUGUUCGGCUUCAUGAACGAGGGCCACGACCACGAAAACUGGAUCGCCUCUCUGGAUCUGCUCCUGCCCUUUCUCACCAUCACCAGCGUCAUCCCCAGCUACCUGCGGACACUCGUGGCCAUCUCGGCAUUUUUGUUCCCCAAGGUGCGUCAGGCUUUUCAGGCCCUGAACACCCUCGAGGCCGCGGCCAAGAGAUGCGUCGUGGAGCGAAAGGAGCUUUUGCAGAAUCCCAACGCCGCCGCCGCCGCCGCCGACGACAAAGGCCCGGGGCCGCGCCGCGACCUGCUGGCGCAAAUGUUUGCCAUUCAGCAGAAUAAAGGCGCCGACGUCAAUUUUUCGGACAAGGAUAUGACCAAGGAGUCAUAUUCUGCCAUGUAUUCUCAGUUUGGAAUUGGGUCCGACACGACAGCAAUCGCCAUGCGAGCGACGCUGUAUUUCCUCAUGACACAUCCCACAAUCUACGACCAAGUCGUGUCCGAGAUCGACGAGGCGACGGCAAACGGCACCAUCCCCACCACCGGCCCGAUCGCCUACUCCCAAGCGACCAAGCUGCCGCUGCUGUGCGCGAGCAUCAAAGAAGCCAUGCGUCUCCAUCCGAGCGUGGGCCUGACGCUGCCUCGCGACGUGCCUCCCCAGGGCCUGGUGAUAGGCGACACGCCGAUCCCCGGGGGCGGCACUCGCAUCGGGAUGAACGCGGCGGUGGUGCACUACGACCGGUCUGUGUUUGGAGAGGACGCCGACGAGUUUCGACCGGAGCGGUGGCUCGUGGACAGCACGGCCCAGAUGGAUCGCUGCAUGCUCCAUUUCGGGGCGGGGACGAGGACGUGUCUUGGGAAGAAUAUCUCCCUCAGCGAACUGCACAAGCUGAUCCCGACUCUCCUGCGCGACUUCAAGCUGGACCGCGCCACCGACGAGCCGUGGAAGACGUACAAUUUCUUCUUCACCACGCAGAAAGGCCUGUUGGUACGGUUGCGGCGGCGGACGCCGAAGAGGGCAGAGACCGACACACCAGAGAUGGAGGCAGGCGUUGUUCUAUAG